ACUAACGCCAAAAAGUGUAUAAAAUCCUCCUUAUCGUAUAAUUUUCCAUUAUUUCCUCUGUUUCAUCAAAUUUCAAAACACCCCCCAAAUCUCUGUUUUUUUUUUUUUUGUACCAUGGUUUCCUCUUCUUCUUCUUCCUCGAGCAAAACCAUGAAGAAAAAACCUACGGGGCUAGUCGAUACGGCGUCGUGGUACUGUUCCGUAACCUUAUUGGCCUUAAUAUUGAUAGGGUCAAUCAGGGCAAACUCCGUAUCAGAUGAACCAGUGAGAGGUAGCCAGCUCCGGAACCGACCCUGCGAUGAAAUCUAUGUCGUUGGCGAAGGUGAAACCCUUCACUCCAUCAGCGACAAGUGUGGCGAUCCGUUUAUCGUCGAACGGAACCCGCAUAUCCAUGACCCUGACGAUGUUUUCCCCGGCCUUGUUAUCAAGAUCAUCGCUUCAACUGAUAGGAAAUUAUAGAGGUAGCUGCUUUUACACAUGAUACACACAGAAAAUUUUAAUAUUGUAUACUGGGUUUUGGUCUUCUUUUGUUUCUUAGUGAAAAGUCUUUGUAAUAAGUUGAAGCCUGUAUACUGAGGCCUUUGAUAUAGGAUCAUAUCAUAUCAUAUAUAUACAUGGAGAUUGGUUUCUUCUCCGGAGAGAUUUCAGCUCUUCUGUAAAUAGCUCUUUUAUCAGUAUAUGGCAUAAUGCUAGUUUGGGUUCACAACAGUCAAUAAA